GGUACACUUGUACCUAUUGUGAUAAUCGUAGUUGCGAGUGAACUGCGUGCAAAUUAAUAAAUCGCGUAAUAAUAAUUUAUGAAAAACAUAAAAUGCAGCUUACAAACGCAUUUAAAAUGCCACACGAGAAAAUGUGAUAGCAAAGUUAAUGAUAAUGCAAAUCGAAAUCGUGAAAAUGCACAUGGAAAAAACGUGUGGUCCGCAACUUUGCUGCUACUGCUGCAGCAGAAAAUAAAUUACAUACAAACACGCACACCGCUUCAUACAUAUGUAUAUACAUAAUAUAUAUAUGCAUACAUAAUAUCAAAUAUUAAUUUCUUGGAUUAAAAAGUGCAACGAACACAGUCAGCCAACAAGCCUGUAAUGCCAACAAGUUUAUAUUGAAUAAAUCGAAUGUAAAACGCAAUUUUCUCAAAGAAAAUUUUCUAUGUGCCAAAAUAAAAACAAAAAUUCUCCAAAUAUAGCCCGUGUAUUUAGUUACGUAUACAUUUAGUGUUGUAAACAAGUUACAGCGAUAACGCAAUAACAAUGUCUAGGUACAAUUUUGUGCUUUAUCUAGUGGCGCAGCUAAUUCUUGCCUGCCAUCUGCUGCUGCUGCCUGCGGCUAGAGGUGCCGUCUUGCCCGAGGGCCACAACAUCAACUGUGAACACUAUGACGAGAAGGAUUGCACCACGCACAACGACUGCUCCAUCACCAUCGAGCGCUGCCAGGUGGAGGCGGACAAAUCUCCCAGCUGCUACGUUCUCUGGAGUGCCGACGAAGUGACUGGCAUCAAGAAAAUCAAAAUGAAGGGCUGCUUCACGUACAUGCACGAGUGCAACCAGACCGCCUGCAACACCAGCAGCAAGCCGCGGCAGGGCAACAUACAUUUCUGCUGCUGCAAGGGCUCGAUGUGCAACAACGAGUACAAUUGGAUACCGCCCACCACGGAGGCAACAACACAAGUGCCCAAAGAGAAGACGCAGGACGAGAAUAAUGUGAACUUCUACAUAUUGUGGUCGUCGGUGCUGGCCGUCCUGAUGGUCGUGCCCGUGGUCAGUUUCUUCUCCUACCGACGGCUCAAACGGGUGCACUUCAACGAGAUACCCAAGCACGAGGCGGAAAUCACAAACUCAUCGCCGCUGCUAAACAACCGGCCGAUACAACUGCUGGAGCAGAAGGCCAGCGGGCGAUUUGGCGACGUGUGGCAGGCGAAGCUGCACGGUCAGGACGUGGCCGUGAAAAUCUUUCGCAUGCAGGAGAAGGACUCGUGGACCACUGAGAACGAGAUAUAUAAACUGCCGCGCAUGCGUCAUCCCAACAUUUUAGAGUUCUUGGGCGUGGAAAAGCACUUGGAUAAGCCCGAGUAUUGGCUGAUAUCCACAUAUCAGCAUAAUGGCUCUCUGUGCGACUAUCUGAAGUCGCAUACGAUUACCUGGACGGAGUUGUGCCGCAUUGCCGAAUCGAUGGCCAAUGGCCUGGCGCAUUUGCACGAGGAGAUACCGGCCAGCAAGACGGAAGGCCUGAAGCCCUCGAUAGCGCAUCGUGACUUUAAGUCGAAGAAUGUGCUGCUCAAGGGAGACCUAACAGCCUGCAUAGCUGACUUUGGACUAGCCAUGAUCUUUCAGCCGGGCAAACCGUGCGGCGAUACACACGGCCAGGUGGGCACUCGACGCUAUAUGGCGCCUGAGGUUCUCGAGGGUGCCAUUAACUUCAAUCGUGAUGCCUUUUUGCGCAUCGAUGUCUACGCCUGCGGAUUGGUGUUGUGGGAAAUGGUCUCACGCUGCGACGUUGUGGGUCCCGUGGGCGAAUACCAGCUGCCAUUCGAAGCGGAGCUAGGACAGCGGCCCACGCUGGAUGAAGUGCAGGAGAGCGUGGUGAUGAAGAAAUUGCGUCCACAUUUGCUUAACUCCUGGCGUUCCCAUAUGGGUCUCAGCAUAUUCUGCGACACGAUGGAAGAGUGCUGGGAUCACGAUGCCGAGGCCCGUCUCAGCUCCUCCUGUGUAAUGGAGCGGUUUGCGCAGCUCAACAAAUAUCCAACCACACAGUUGCUCAUCAAGAACCACACCAACAUCGAGGAUGCAAAGGAGACCACAAAUUGUUUAUAGAAGCGGUACUAAAUCACAGCCGACGCGGCCAGGCUGUGAUUUGAUAGCCACGAACAUUAGAAUUCGUUCUUUUUAAUUAUGAUAUAUAUUCAACACUUUAGUUUUACUGUAGUAUUGUGCAUAGCCAUGCGCACAGACAUACACAGAGAAAAGCAGCGAUUAGCGAUCAGCGAUCUGCAAUUCGGCAGCUGCCAUUUAUAUAUAUAUAUAGAUACACAAAAGCCCCUGCGCCCGCCCUGCGCCCCUUAGACAUUAGCUUACUGUAAGCUAAGAACAGAACAAAGCGCUACUAUAUGUGGGCUACACCAGAGAGAUUAAUUGGAAUUUUAAAAUUGUAUCUAUAGCCUGGGAUAAGUUUCGAAAUGCGAAAUUCUCUCCACACACAUUGCAUGAUUAUGUUUGUGCUCAUCUCACAUAAUCUUCAUCGACUGAUACCUAUAAACACAUUACGUAAAUUUAA